UACUUGGCAAUGGCUGAUGCAGGAUUUUAUCGCGGAACAAGCAGCGAGCAGGACAGUCGGUUCACUGAUAAGGAACGUAAGCUGUUGAAGCAAAUGCGUUUCGAAGAAGCACUCGAUGAAAAGAUCUGCAUGGAUCGAGUAAACUUGGAUGUACUCAAGCCCUGGAUUACUGCUAAAUUAAACGAAAUAUUGGGAUUAGAAGACGAUGUCGUUAUAGAAUAUGUAUUUAGUCAGCUGGAAGAGAAGUCGUUAAAUCCGAAAGUAAUGCAGAUUAAUUUGACUGGUUUUCUUAAUGCUCGUCGAGCACGAGAAUUCAUGGGUGAACUGUGGAAUAUGUUACUUGAAGCUCAAAACAAUGAAAAUGGCAUUCCCACGUCUCUUGUAGAGAAGAAAAUGAAGGAAAUACAAGAAAAGACGAGAAAUGUCACCGUUUCAUCAUCGAAUGGUGUUGCGGCUGAAGUUGCUGGAUCAGAUUGGAAAAAUCGGUAUGAUUCCUUGACUGGUGGACGAUAUGGCCAUAAAGAAAGCAAGAAUGGUGAAGGAGAGCGAAGCAAUAAGGAUGACGAACGACAUAGAAGUCGUCGGGACAAUGAUCGGGAGAUAGACAGAAGCAGAGAAGGUGGUCGCUCAAAGGAAGAUGAUAGAGCUGAAAAGAAGCGUGGUGACGACAAGCACGACAAAUUAAGGUCACGUAGCCGAUCUCCUACGCGGCGGCACUUCCAUGAAGAACGGACGGAAAGAAGAAAAGAACGACAUCGUUCUCCAAAUAGAUCUCCACCACGUCGGAAAUUCACGGAAAGGAAAGAUGAGUCUCGGAAACGUAGCCGAAGCACUGAACGUCGUAAAAGGUAUUUUCUCAACAUUUGA